AUGCAUAUAUGUAAUCAUGAAUGUUUAAUGAAAAGCAAUUAUAAUAUACGUGUAAAAGCAAGGUUAAACUCACACCUUUUACUAGAAGAUAGUAAUAGAGUUAAACUUAGUAAUUUGUUAGAUAAUGGUGCGCCUGGUGUAAUUGAACACAAAUGGGAUUUGUCUAAUGAGGAACAAAUUAUAAAUCGUGAUCAAUUUCUCCAGAAAAAUGGUCUUGAUAUUAAUACUGACGAUGUAUGCUGCAAAUGGUCCAUUCGACAAACAACUAAAACACAAGUUAUUAAGCAAUGCAUAGGUGGAAGCUAUCACAAAAAAGAAGUUGCACCCAAUUCUCGAGCCUCAGCAGCCCGUUAUCCCUAUGUAGGAUGUCUUGCAUUUGCAGCGAUAUAUAUUUAUGAUAAUGAAAUUUGCGGCAUUGCAGGAUUUCUAGAGCAUUCUGUGCAAUGUAUGUAUUCCCAGCUGCAGAAUGACCCACCCUAUAGACUUUUACCAUACGUAAGACAAAAUGUUGAGAGCUUGUUAAAUCUCAAUGUCAGGACUUCGGAUAUUCUUGCUCAAAAUGCAAGAACAGUGAAAAAUGUGUUUAGAAAUAGUAUAUUGAUUGGAGAUUUCAGAAUGUUACUUACCACGAUGGACAUUGCAAACAUCAAAAAGCAGAUGUUACAAAAAACUUGGAAUGUCAAUAUUAAACACGAUGCUGCAAAGAAUUUAGAUCAGUUUCUUGGACAAAACGCAGACCAGUCUGGGCUUAAAGAAGCGUGUUUGCAUUAUCAACCUCAUACAAGAGAAACAGAUCGUCUAGAAAUCAUUAUCAGCACCCGAGAGCAACAGGACUAUGCAUGGCAAUAUGGACAUAAAAAUCUUAUUCUUGUAGAUGGAACCUUUGGAAUCAGCAAACAUAAAUUACUUCUAUUUACUAUUAUGGUAAUUGAUAAAAAUAAUAAAGGCAUUCCUAUUGCCUUUAUUCUUUUUACACCACCCCAAUAUAAUCGAUUAACAUCAUCUGGUAAUAACUAUAAUCAAACACAAGUAAACUCAAAUGUUACCCCAGUUACAUUUAGCUCCCUUGUUGCAAUAACUGACACCGAUGUUAAGGAGAGAAAAGCAUUAUCGAAAGUAUGGCCGAGAAUCAUUUUAUUGCUUUGCUAUUUUCAUAUUAGCCAAUGCUGGAAGAAUGAGAUUAAUAAGCAAUUAGGUCGGGGUGGUAAGGGUGAUGCAAUUUUACAACGACAAACCCUAAAGGAAUAUUUAAAAAGUAUUUUAAAAGAAGCUUGGUUGAUGGUAGGUAGUGAAGAGAUGGUGCAAAAUUAUAUUAUAGAAAAAAAAAAAUUAUUAGAGAGCAUUAUUAAUGAAACAAAAAAUAUUUCAGAAAAUAAAAAGGAUAUAUUAAAUGGUGGAGUAAAAUUUCUUAAUUAUUUAAAUAAACAAUGGGCAGAAGACCUUCUGUAUAGUUGGUGUUUUGAUGGACGAAUGAGAGCUGCAAAAGUUCUUGGAAUCCCUCUUGAAAAACUUCCUACCACGAAUAAUCAUCUUGAGGGAAUGAAUGAAUACUUAAAAAACAAUCAAUUAAGCCGAUUUCAAAGGAAUAGUCGUCGUCUUAGAGCUGAUGUGCUUUAUAUUAUACUGGUAAAUGAAGUUAUACCUAAUAUACUGACAUUACGACAUCUUGCUAUAGACCUUGAACAAAAGAAAGCUGAACGACGAAAAGAGCUCAAUAUUAUGAACCCAUCUGACCGUAAAAUUCUUAAGCAAGAAUUUUUACAAGUAGCCUAUUUAUCACCAAGCAUAAAACAUGAUGAAUCAGCCAAGAAAUUACUUGAUAUGAAUAAGGUAAUAAAAUAUGAGAUAAAAGAUUCGACAGGAAAUAUUUAUGUUAAAGUUGAAUCUGAAACCACACCAGGGUUGAUUUACACGACUUGCGUGUAUGGACAACCAACCAAUAUUUGUUGCCAAUGCCUUGACUUUCUUCAAAAAGGAAUUAUGUGUAAGCACCUUCGUGCAGCGGCUCUGUAUAUUGAUGAACUUCGUAAGCAAGAGCAAUAUUCACAUUUACCUGAAAUGACCUUCCUAACCUAUAAAGAAGCUCAAAGUAUUAAUUAUAAUCUAUGUGCUAAUGAAUCAGAGACACCAGAAAAUUCUUUAAAUGAUAAUGAUAUUAGUGACGAUGAUUAUAGUGACGAUGGAAAUGAUAAAGACAUUAACGAUGAAAGCAAUAAUUAUGAUGAUAAUGAUGACAGUUCCACAUCUACCUCAUCCUUAGAAACUCUUAAUUAUGUGAAACACAUUUUUGGAAUCAAUACUUUAACAGUAACACCAUCAUCUACUUCAUUUGCGCAAAACCAACCAAGAUCUAAAGUAAUUGAUAUUAACAGGCUAAAUGUUACUGCUAUUCAUAGACAAGAAUUCAAAGAAUUCUUAGAAUCUACUUCAAGAAGUCUCCAAACAUUGCGAGAAAAUUCGUUACUUCUCAAGAACCUAAUAAAAUCUGAACAAUUGACACAAGAACUAUGUAAUACUGAUCAAUGUGCCUUACAGACUCACCUCCAUAACAUUAUUGCCUCAAAUUCCUUUAAAGAAGUACAGAUUUUAGUGGAUGUUAUGCAUAAAGAUAUGAAUCCUCGUAGGAGUAUAAUUUCUAACACAGAUAUUCUUCCACUAGUAUACGAAGCUAAACAACAACGGAAACCAUCUUACAAAAGCUUCUAA